GGACAACGAACAUAGCAUACAACACCUGGGCCUGGGCACCGGCAUGGGCAGACGCAAGACCUCCGCUGAGCUCAUCAGCGAGGCCAAGCUCUACCUGGGCGACCUGUCCACGACGACGGCAACGGCGGCGGCCGCAAUGACCGCAGCUGGCGGCGCCCGCUUGGUCAGCACACGGCGUCCCAUAACGCCACGGGAGCCCGGACGUGUGCUCUACGGCAAGGUGGCGCUGGCCGGCCGCCCGCCCAGCGCUUUCUCCAUGCGAUAUCUGCAGAACGAGCACCAUAAGCCAUUGACGCCGCCCACGCCAGCCGGCGGCACGGAUCUGUCUCUGUUGAAUCGUCGCAUCGUCGUUGAUGCGAAGCCACGGCAAUUGCCCGCCUUGCCGGGCACGGCGGCAGACAGCGCACGGCCGGCCACGCGCAAUGGCGCACUGCUGGGCCAGUGCAGCUCCGAGAUGCUCAUCGAGAUGCUGAAGCAGCAUGCCGGCCUCAAGGAUUGCAGUGCCGAGACAGUGCAGCACAUCAAUGCGAUUUUGCUGGAGCUGUAUACGCGCGUGCACAAGCAGGAGAGGAACUUCAAGCGCGCCUUCAUCCUGGGCGGACUCUAUGGCCUGGUCGAGUGCACGUCGCCACGAAUCCUGCUGGCUGUGGCGCGUGUUGUGCUGGCGCUACGCGUGACGGGCAGCAACUUGACCGGCGCCUGCAAGCUCAUCUUCAAGGUGGCUCGCCACGAGCAGCACGACGGCUUGUUCCACGAGAACGAUGUGCUGGAGCUGCUGAUCGAUGGCCUGGGUCACGCUUCGCCGCUGGACGAUCCGGAGGCCUGCAUUUAUGCCUACGGCUGCAUACGAUUCCUCACGGCCAGCAAUGCGCAGGAGCGCGACGAUGCGCUCAAUCGCAAUUGGGCCGCUGGCCUGGAGGAGCUCUCGUCGCCGCCGCCGACGCACGCAGCGAUCGCAGCUGCCACAGCCCUGACCAGUAGUCCCAGUGCAUCCGACACACGCAAGCUGAAUGGCCAACAGACGCUGGUGUCGCGCCUGGCACGCCACGGCGCCGUCGAGCUGAUGAUUUUGCAUCUCCAGAUGCUGAACGAGGCGGGCGCCACACGCCGUCUCAGCGGCCCGCCGCUGCACACGCUCUAUCAGCUGUCGGCGGCGAUGCGCGCCCUCGCCGACGUGGCCCAGCAGCAGCAGCGGCUCCAGCUGCAGCUGCAGCUGGCCUGUCCGCAUCUGAUACGCGCCGCCGAGGUCUCCAUGGGCGAGCUGGAGGUGCAAGCGAAUGUGGUGCGCACGCUGAGCGUCUUGUCCGAGGAUGUGGAGUGCUGCGACACACUGCACAGCUAUGCCGCUCGCAUUGGCCUGCUGCUCGGCCCGUACUCCAAGGGCGGCCAGUGCAGCGAGCGCAUGCUGGCCGUGCUCAGUCGCCUGGGCUAUAUGCUGGGCAACAUUCUGGCCAAGCACGAAACGGCGCGCGUCCAGUACUAUCACAACGACGUGGCCAUGGAGUAUCUGCUGAAUGUGCUGCAGCAGCUCAGCGAACGUCCGCUGGCCAGCGAGCCGCUGCUGGAUGCCCAGAUCAAGCUGAUCCGCGUGGUGGCCAACAUGAGCGUCAAUGCGGAUGUGGGCGCCGGCCUGGGCAAUGUUCAUGCACUGGGCGCUGUCCUAUUCCGACUGCUGCAGAAUGCCACCGUCGCACUGGGCAGCACAGCGACGGAAUCCGCUCAGCCGGCCGAGCUGCUGGAGCUGUUGCAUGCCACGCUGGGCGCGUUGCACAAUCUGUGCUUCUAUCAGGAUAACCAGACGACAUCGCCAGCAGCCGCGAGCACGACAACGAUGCCUUCGACUGCUCCAACUCCAACUCCAACUGUCGCUCCGGCGCCGGCGCCGGGUUCGCUGCAGAGUCUCAUUGCCGAGCUGUCCACUGCAUUGGCUCAAACGCUCAAGCGCUGCCAGUCGCAGUACGUGUCCACCAAGGUGGAGCUGGCCCGUGUCCUGGGCAAUCUGACGCGCAACGAGCUGGCGCGCCGCUGUUUCUGUGCCGCCGGCGGCUUGCCCCUGAUCGUGCAGCAGCUGACGCGGCAGGCGAACGGCCGGGACUACGAGCUGCGCACCUGCGCCAUUGGAGUGCUCGUCAAUCUGCUGGGCGACGGCGAGCAGCGUGCUCCGUUCCUACAGCUGCGUGGGGCCGAGUUGCUGGCGCUGCUGCUGCGCGGCGCUCUGGAGCAGGAGGAUUGGUUUCUCGCGAACAUCGUGUGUCAAGCCAUGUGGAAUCUGCUGAUCGAUGCCCAAUGCGCGACAGCCCUCUGCCGUAGCGGCAGCAUUCUCGACGAGGUCAGCGAUCUGUUGGCCGACUAUUUGGAUGAGGAGCGUUUGACAGCAGGCGACGAGGCCAACGACGAUGAGCCGGAAGAAGAACAGCAAUCGAGAAAAGAGCGUCAGACGGAGCCGGAGCCGGAGACGGAAUUGGAGACAGAUGCGGCUCCAGAUGCUUUGUGGGAGGAUUUUGCACUUGUUGCUACUGAUUUGCUGGAGCGAAUUCAGAACAAUUUCGAUAAGCAGCAACGGCAGACGACGCACAUCGAUAACGAUGACAACGACAACGAUAACGACGAUGUCUUCAUCGAUAAAAUGUAAAACAUUAGCUCACAUUAACCAAUAUACAAAUAUAUACGGAUAUCGAUAAAUAUCGAUGUGGGAUUGUUAAUAACUGAAAGGAAAACUAUAAAAUCAAUAUGAAAAUAUCGAUAAAUAACGCUACUAAAUUAUAAAUUAGCAAAUAAAAAUAAAAUAUAUAUACGAAUAUCAAUAAGUACAUAUCGAAAAGAAAACUAGGUCAUUUGAAAUAAUAAUACCUAUAAACAAGACUCGUAAAUCGAUUGAUGACUGCGGGAAUAUAGCAAAGACCAAUUGUCUAUGAAUACUCAACGAUUUAUGGUAAACUAAUUACAAUUAUAAACAAUAUGCUUAAGCAAAUUGAAAUGUAACCCAAGUUUUUUGAUAUGCGAAAAUUAGUUAAUCCUUAAUUAAUUAACAUUAAUUGGUUAAUAUCGAUG